AUGCACGGCUUUGAAAAAGUUUUUCUGUGCUCGCUUCUGGGUUCCGUAGCUGCCCGGCAGCGAGGAGACGGGCCCGAUCCGACUGUCGCUCGCUUUGCCAAGAGCUACAUCGUCGAGUUCAAUGCUGGAAAGUCAGCUAGACUCAGCUCCUUGGCCUCUGAAGGCGAUGUCAAGAUUGUAAAGAGCUUCGACAGCGAGAUUUUUACGGGCGCGAGUGUCGAGACAAACGAGCUUAACCUUGACAGCCUUCUUGACCUACCCGAUGUUGUCAAUGUUUGGCCCAACAACCCUGUUUACCUUGAUCCAAUCGUGCAGCAGGAUGAAAGUUCCGCCGCGGUACCUUCUAUCGUUCAUACUGUAACUGGAGUCAGCAAGUUACACGAACAGGGUAUAUACGGAAAAGGAGUGAAAGUGGGUGUUGUGGACACAGGUAUCUGGUACAACCACGAGGCACUUGGUGGCGGCUUUGGAGAGGGCUUCAAGGUUGCUGGCGGACAUGAUUUCGUUGGUGAUCAAUACUGGCCCUCAAUUGGAUACGAAAAGGAACCCGACAAGGACCCGAUCGAUCUUUCGGGACAUGGUACCCACGUAGCUGGUAUCAUUGCUGGAAAAAGCGACGAUUUCACUGGAGUCGCUCCUGACGCUACACUCUACGCCUAUAAGGUCAUGACUCGCCAGGGUGGUACUGAUGCGGCUACUCUUAUUGAGUCUUUCAUUGCAGCAUACAAUGAUGGAGUUGACAUCAUAACCUCCAGUAUAGGAGGCGCUGGUGGCUGGGCCGAGGAGGCCUGGGCUGUUGUUGCAUCUCGACUCGUUGAGCAAGGAGUUGUUGUGACCAUUUCCGCCGCUAAUUCAGGCUCGCAAGGAGCAUUCUAUGGCAGUAGCGGAUCAUCGGGCAAGAAUGUCCUCGCAGUUGCUUCCGCGGAUGCCCUAGCUGUGAACACGACUCGGGCAUCGUCAUUCACGUCCUGGGGGCUUCUUAACGACCUCAGCGUCAAGCCCGAUAUCACCGCUCCUGGAGGUUCGAUUUACAGUACUUACCUCAACAACGGCUGGACUACCAUGAGCGGAACAUCCAUGUCGUGUCCCUACGUUGCUGGUGUUGCGGCUCUGUACAUUAGCGCUUCCGGCGGUCGACAAGUGCAUGGGAAAGACUUCGCCUUGAGCCUCAGCAAGCAAAUCAUUGCCAGCGCUAAACCACUUGCGUAUCAUAAUCCGGCUUACUCUGAGCUUGCGGCGCCUGUAGCUCAGGUAGGCAACGGACUGAUUGACGCAUACAAGCUGCUCCACUCCAACAUUACGCUCGAUUUCAAACCAAUCGCUCUGAAUGACACUCGCUAUUUCAAUAGAUAUCACGACAUCACUGUUAAGAACAUGGGAUCCGAGCCUGUGACGUAUCAUCUUUCUGCCCAGGAUGUUUACGGCGUUGACACUUUGGCAUUGGAUACUGUUAAUGGUGAUAAAAGAGUAAGGCUGCUAUCAGAGUUGGCCCCCAAGAAGCUGCCGGUUGAAAUUAGCCUCCCACGCGACUUUAUCCUAAGCCCAGGAGAUAGUAAAACCGUAUCCGUCAACUUUAAGAACCCAGAGUCUCUUGGGUGGAGCGCGACUGUCCUACCCCUUUACAGUGGGAAGAUUAUUGUCGCGGGAAACAAUGGGGAAGAGCUUUCGGUACCCUACGCAGGGGUUGCGGGAGACCUGAGAAAAGAGCUCGAUCCGCUGUUCCGCAAGGGCCAUCCUUAUCUGGUAUCUGGUGAGCCUGCACAAACGGGCAAAACAUCAUUCACUUUCAACCUCACUCUUGGAGUACAAGACUUUCCAAAGAUAUUCCAUAACAUCAUUUGGGGCACUAGACAAGUCCGAUGGGAUAUUUUCGAAGCGGGAUGGACUGAGAGACAGUGGGCUUAUCCUCCUGUCGUUGGCGAGAAAGGGUACAUCGGUUCAGGUGCCUACUGGGUAGGCUCGGGACAGGCGCCCUUCUUUGACCCGACGAGAUGGGACCCUGAUGAAACCUUGUCGUACCCCAAGAUCGACCUCCCCAGAAGCAACUUCAACUUUGAGAACUGGUGGUUUGGUAAGCUUGCGAAUGGUACCAAACUAAGCCUCGGAAAUUAUGUGCUGCGGUAUGCUGCUCUGAAGCCAUUCGGUACCCCCGAUCACUCGGACAAUUGGGUCACCUUCACAACGCCAAUUGAAGUAUUAGGACAAUAUUAA